AUGGAGAUCGAUAAGCCCGCCGCGGAUAGCGCCGGAAAUACCGCGUCUGAAGGCGAGAAGCACCGACGUGGCAUUCCCGAGGCGCAGUUUGUUGCUGACGUGGAGGCGUUUCUGGCGGGCAGAGAGGCGCCAGCUGUCAUCCAAUCACUUGAGGAGAGGAUGCAGCAAUACAAGCUGCUGGAAAUCAAGCUACUCACUCAGAAGAGAGACCUGCAGUCGAAGCUGCCAGACAUAAAGAAGAGUCAGGAGAUUGUGCAGACGCUGGUGAAGAAACGGGAGGAGAAGCAGCAAGUGCGGCUGGACUACGUGUUGGCGGAUGGCGUGUUCGCCCGAGCAGACGUGAAGGAUGUGGACUCGGUGUGCCUGUGGCUGGGGGCAAAUGUCAUGGUGGAAUACCCCUUCGAUGAGGCUCUCGCUCUGCUGGCGCGCAACGAGGAGAAUGCCACGAGCAGCCUUGCAAACAUCGAUGGUGACCUGCUGUUUGUGCGCGAUCAGAUCAACAUCACCGAGGUGACUGUAGCGAGGGUGCACAAUUGGGACGUGCAGCGCAGAAGAGCAGCCGGAGCCGGGAGCAGCGCCAGUGCCUUGAGGGAGGAGAUUCCUGCCUGA